AUGAAGAGCUUCAAGCCAGUUUUCUUGUGUGAGGUGAAGGGAGCUGCAGAAACCCAGCAGGUUGCAAAAUUACAAAAUGCGAAAAACGAUAUCAAUACCGCUGUGGUCGCUGAAAAUGUCUCCGGAUACAGGAUCAAGGGAAGCUCUCGCCUGGUGGACCGCUGGCUUGAUAAAUUUGUGAAAUUCGCUGGUUCUGCUCCUGUCUUUCUGGUUAUUGUGAGUGGUCUUUUGACCUGGGCUCUGAUGGGUAUUCGUUUCGGUGAUUCAGAUGUCUGGGUAGCUGCCAUCUCCGACGUCCAGGCUAUCCUGUGUUAUGUCUUCGAUUCCCUUCUGAUGCGACAGCUUCUUCGUGAAUACACCGAGCAGCGCGAGGCUAUGGUUGAGAUUAUGUCGCGUUGCAACAGCCAUCAUCGCAUGCUUCUCAAAGUCAAGAAUAAGCUGGGGUCAGAGGGGAUCCGACAAAUCUCGGAGAAGUGUCAGGAUGAACCACUCGAGCCCCUGGACCAUGGUUUACGCACCCAAAGCCUGUUCGCCCGAUGCAUCAUCUUCUCCGCGAAGAAAUUUGGCCACAUCAUCACCGUGGGUAUGUACUGGGUGUGCAUCUUCAUUUGGCUUGGUUUUGGUCCAAAGUGCGACUGGUCGGACCGUUGGCAGUUAUACAUCAACGACGCGACGUCUGCUCUCAUGGUUCUGGUUUUUGCUUUCCUCGCGUGCCUGCGAGAGUGUUAUGCCGAUUAUACCAAUACUUGUUUAGAUGCGAUCUUUCGACUCGACUCGACUCUCGAAAGUGAACUCCGCCUUCUCAGCGAAGACGACGUGCCAAAUCCUGUUGAGGUUGACAUUCCAGCCAAAGAGAACUACCUUCAGAAGGUGAUCUACUACUACGCCGAUAUCGUCGGCACACUCGUGGGAAUUUUGGUCCUUGUAGCGGUGAUCUGCACCUGGGCCGCCGUUGGCCCAGUCUUCCACUUCAACAAUACCUGGUGGCUUCUCAUCGGCACCUAUGCAGGGCUGGUUGGCCUAUUCGACAGCUUUGUUCUACGCAACGUCCAGAACAAGGUGCACCAGAAUACCAAGUGUCAGGUACGACAUGUAGAGGCAUUCGACACGACCUUAUUUGCUGGACUGUCUGUGCCCAUUCCUGCCGUGAAGGAUCCCAAGGCUCCGUCUCUUAGCCGUCGGGUGUCCCGAAAGAUGGAUGCUGUCAGCUCCCACCUUCUCAUGGUCGUCGCUGGCUUCGUAGUGACUAUCGGCUGCCUCGUUGCCUCUAGUGCCAUGCGCUGGAGUCUGACCGGCCAGUUGAUCUCGAACGUGCCUCCCAGUAUCAUUGAAACUUUCUUCAUGUUGAUCUUGAUCACUGGUCAGAAUGAUGCAGAGGCCGGUGCCCGUGUCGAUUUGACAAACAUCUACUACCGUCGUCAACGGCUUCUAUCGUUUAUGAAGCACGCAAGCGACUACUGCCAGAAGCACGACGAGAGUGAGCCUGCCACCGACGCCCAGUGA